GAGCUAAACGACGUCCUAGGCGAGGACCGAGGGCGUUCCCUGCAGCACUCGGAUUUGAGCAACAUGCAGUACACUGAACGGGUGAUCAAGGAGGUGCUGCGCUACUUCACCGUCGUGCCGAUGAUGUUUCGCCACAUCACCGAGGACCUGACCGUGCCGUCUGGCUUCACCAUUCCGCGCGGCUGCACGGUGGGCUUCUGGCUGCCCUACACGCACCGGGACCCGCAGUCGUUCCCAGAGCCGGACAAGUUCGACCCAGACCGAUUCCUCCCGGAGAACGCUCGUGGCCGCCACCCUUUCGCGUACUUGCCAUUUAGCGCAGGACCCAGAAACUGCAUCGGCCAGAGGUACGCGAUGAUGUUCCUGAAGACGGUGGCGGCCGUCCUCGUGCCACGCCUGCACUUUGAGCUCCCCGAUGACGGCCCCAAACGCCUCGAGGACGUCCCCAUCACAUUUAACCUCACCUUAUCCGUUAGCGGUGGCGCUAACAUCCGCGUCCGCCGGUGUUGAACCAAAAAGCAAAUGAAAACCAGCCCUGUGGCC